GGACGGCUUCAAAUACGGCUGGGAGCCAUCUUGAAUCCUUGUUUGACAAGACUCUCUCGUAGUCAGCUAAAAAAAUCCAGUACACUGUACAAAAAAACCGCAAACGGAACCGCUUUAUUUCUGUUAUCCAAGGGUUGGACAGACUUGAAAGGACACAGAGGCCCGGUUAAGCUAACGGGAUGGCUAAUGGGGCCAACGUUUAAAAGCUAACUAAGCCUUCCUGGUGUAUUGAUUUCCAGAUAAAGUUGGCCGAUUAUAACCCUAUGCCAAACCCUUAUUUAAUUUUCAUGCUCAGAAGUCUUAGUAAAUUUGAAAGGACGAGUUCAUUUCUUGACACUUGAUGGCCCAUUAGUUUUGAUGAGUAAUUUGAUUUAUUGAAAAGCCAAGGGCAAUCUUUACUUUGAAUAGUCCCAGAGAAGUGGACACUGUUUGUUUAGAGACUGUUAAAGAUUUAAUUGGUGUUGGAGUAAAAUAAAAAUAAGUGGACAUGAGCACCACCAGGACAGAGAACCCAGUGAUUUUGGGCUUGUCCAACCAGAACGGACAGCUGAGGAGCUCGGUGAAACCUGGAGGGGCACCAGGUGGAGGUGGAGGAGGUCCUCAACCUCCGCAGUUAAACCAGAUGAUAAAAGGCGCAAUCAACGGCAAUUCCCAGUCAGCCCCUCCAACAAACGCUGUUAUCAAGCCUGGAGAUGACUGGAAGAAGAAUUUGAAAUUGCCCCCAAAGGACAUGAGGAUCAAAACUUCGGAUGUGACUGCAACUAAAGGCAAUGAGUUUGAAGAUUAUUGCCUAAAGAGGGAGCUACUUAUGGGAAUCUUUGAGAUGGGCUGGGAAAAGCCAUCUCCAAUUCAGGAGGAAAGCAUUCCCAUCGCACUGUCAGGAAGGGAUAUUUUGGCCCGAGCCAAGAACGGCACAGGAAAGAGCGGAGCCUACCUCAUUCCCCUGCUGGAACGCAUCGACCUGAAGAAAGACUGUUUACAGGCUUUGGUAAUCGUGCCCACCAGAGAACUGGCACUGCAGGUCAGCCAAAUAAGCAUCCAGGUCAGUAAACACAUGGGCGGCGUGAAGGUCAUGGCGACCACAGGGGGGACGAACCUCCGCGACGACAUCAUGAGGCUCGACGAAACGGUACAUGUGGUUAUUGCUACACCAGGGAGGAUUUUAGACCUAAUCAAAAAAGGAGUGGCCAAAGUCAAUCAGGUCCAGAUGAUUGUUCUGGAUGAAGCUGACAAGCUCCUGUCUCAGGACUUUGUGGUCAUGAUGGAGGAGAUGCUGGGCUUCCUGCCCAAAAAGAGGCAGAUUUUACUUUACUCCGCCACUUUCCCGCUCAGUGUGCAGAAGUUUAUGAACGCACAUUUGCAAAAACCUUAUGAGAUCAACCUAAUGGAGGAGCUAACGCUGAAGGGAGUGACUCAGUAUUAUGCUUAUGUAACAGAAAGGCAAAAGGUCCAUUGCCUCAACACCUUGUUCUCCAGGCUCCAGAUCAACCAGUCGAUAAUCUUCUGUAACUCCUCUCAGAGAGUGGAGCUUCUUGCCAAGAAGAUUUCCCAGCUUGGUUAUUCAUGUUUCUACAUUCAUGCCAAGAUGAGACAGGAACAUCGCAACCGUGUUUUCCAUGACUUUAGAAAUGGGCUCUGCCGAAACCUGGUCUGCACUGACCUCUUCACGAGAGGAAUUGACAUUCAAGCUGUGAAUGUUGUGAUCAACUUUGAUUUUCCUAAACUGGGAGAGACGUACCUCCAUCGCAUUGGGAGAUCUGGACGCUUUGGCCAUCUUGGUUUGGCCAUCAACCUCAUCACGUACGACGACCGCUUCAACCUGAAGGCGAUCGAGGAGCAGCUGGGGACGGAGAUCAAGCCCAUCCCCGGCAUCAUCGACAAGAGCCUGUAUGUGGCCGAGUACCACAGCGAGAGCGGCGAAGAGGUCAAGCAGUGAGCCUGCAGAUCGGUCUCCGCUCUCCUUCAAACCCUUCUCCAUCCCCUGCUUGUCUUGCUUCUUUUUUCUCUUUUUUUUUUAAACCUUUUUUUGUGUACAGUUUUUUUUUUCGGAUGCCGCCACCUGGAACGCGUUUGGAGACGGACACUUUCUGGAAGAACUCACUGGCCUCACUUAGAGGCUUCACGCUGCUCCGCCACGUACCGAAGACGCAAGCGGCAGGAGGAAAGAACGGGACCAAAUCGGAAACGACGUCGGCGCAAACGUAUAAAAUAAAAAAACGACAACCGGAACGACUGACCCACAUCCACCUCCGACCCCGAAAGGACGCCCUCCAUUCUGCACGUCUUCACCUUUAAAACUCUUCACCAAUUUGUAACAAGUGCCUUAACGAGCAGUUUCAACACGUUCCGAAGUAAUAACCCCGCCAUCUUUAAUCACUCCAUAUUCAUGCUCACCUGAUUGAGAAUUGGUUCCUGUCGACGUCCGACCAGAUGAGGAGGAUUCAUAACCGGUUUGGUCUGGCGGAUAAAUGAGGGCAAACUUGGAUUUUCAAAGAGCACAGACUGGAUUUUGUUUUUUUUUUUCUUCUUCUUCGCCCAGAGACGACCAGACUGCUCGGUUGCUUGUGAUGAAGCUCGUUCUCCCAAGAGACCCUGACCCCUUUCCUUUCCGCUCGUCUUCAGCAUCAGAACACUAAAAGUCAAGAGAGAAAAGAGGGGAAAAAAAGCAGCAGCAGCGUGGAAAACGGAAAAAAACAAAACACCGCGAUUUGUGGGGAUUCCUGCUCCAGUGGCGUUCCUUCGUCUUUCUUUUCUUUUUCUUUUUUUGUUGUACCUUAUUUUGCGAGACACGAAGCCGACAUGCGGGGUCAGCUUUCACUUCCUGUACAUACUUUCAUUUUAAGAUUGUUUUAAAGAAGAAAAAAGAAAUUGUAAUAGUAACUGGCUGGCGAACUGGAAAGCUGCCCGUUAGCACUGGAGAUCUCUUUCCCUCUACUGCCAGUUUGUUUGUCCUGCCCGGGAGUUUAUUUAUAAUUUUAGAGAAGAAAAAAUUUGCAAAAACAUUUGACUGUGUUCAUGAAAUGUUUUUGAGGUAAUCAGUAAUUAUUUUUUUUUUUAUUACUUUAAAAAUUUUACGGUGCAAUUCCUUCAACAUGCACUUGGUGUUUAAAUGUCGCCCUUAUUCUCUCCUGCUACCAGUGUUAACAAGCACAGAGUCAACAAGAUGGCUUCCCUUAACUUCUGUGUUUAGAUUGACGACUUUUAUCUUAUUUUUCUUUUUGUGUCACCAGCUCAGGUUUGUUAAACCGCCUCCAAAAAUUGAUUUGUCAAAGCGAUCGCUGGUGUUUUGAAGAGGAAUAAUCUGUGGCGUAGUCGUGCUUCUUGCUGCAGUGCAGCUUAAUUGGCCGUUUUUGUUUUCUGAAGGGAAGCUGUUACGUUGAUUUAUGCCAUGUUUAAGCCUGGCUACAUAAAUUCCUGUUGGGCAGAAGCUGUUUUGUCCAUCCCCCUCUUUUGUUUUGUUUUUUUUUUUGUUUAAUGUUCGCCAAAUGCAUCAAAAUGAACCAUCUGAUUUAAAAUGUACCAGGAAUUUAAUCAAAAACAACCUCAGCAGGUUGAGUUGCACUUAAAACACUCAGAGAGGUGAUUUCUUCCAUCUGCUCUGACUUGGACUGCUUUAUUUACAUCUUUGAUGACAUAAAUAUAUUAUGGUGCAGAACUGCUGAAUAAUUGGCCUAAAAAGAAAAAUAAUUAAAGAGUAGAUGUAUUGUUGAGCCGGUGGCGUCUGCGCUCAGCCUGUCGUUGCUUUAUAUUGUGGGGUUUUGGUCUCAGUUUGUCAUAAAAAUCUUUAUUUGCUUUUAGCAACAAAUUUACCCAUUUAUUUCUGGUGAGAUGCUCCUAACUGCUCCAACCAAUGAGAAUUAUUCCUCCAAUUAAAGCUCCAUUCUCAUUGGUCGGCGCUCUGAUCCCUGUUCUCCCGGUUUUGUAGUCCCAGAAAUCGUCGCAAAUGUGGCUUUAAUUCGGCUAAUUCUGAGGGGACGGACCUCUAUUUUUCUUUCUUUUUGGGGGGUAAAUAAAAAAAAACUACAUUUCAAAAGCGACCUAAUCAUUACCGAGCGAACAGGGAUGCCGUUGUUCAGACACCCGGCAGCUGUCUGUUUCCUGGCUUCCUGCCGUUAGUAACGGCUGCCGACUCGAAGCUAAAAUGUUUCAGUUGGAAUUAGCCGCACUGACGCAGGUCGCCAUUUUGAACCCUAAAGACCGAGACAAGAGCAUCUUACCCUGGAUUCGCUGGCUAAAGUUAAUAAAAUUUGAAUCCAAAUUGUCUCCGUCUUUAAGGUCUCUUUACUAAAAUAGUAUUGGGUGGGUAAUUUGGCUCAUUUGCUGCCCUGAUGCACUCCUUUGUUGUCUCACUGGUCACAACGCCGGACGAGAGAACGUCACAACCGGAAGUGCAUCGGUUAACUGUGGGAGGGACAAGCGGGCACCUAAAGACAAAUCCAAAGUUUUGGUAAUGGGUAUAAAAAUAUUUAAGAGUUGCCCCUUCAAUUUGUUUUCUAAUGGCGUGUUCAAAUGGAGUACACCUUAACUUAAAGUCUCCAAAUUUAAGUAAAUUUAUUAAAGCCUGUUAAUUUUUUUUUCUUUUUUUAAAUUUGAUGUAAUUGGCUGUUUUCAGUGAGGCAAAUUUUACAUGUUCAAGAAGUCAUGGAUAUUGAAUAUUGGAUUGGACGUUUUUUUUGUUUUGUUUUGGAUGAAUAAACUCACUGAAAUUUA